AUGGAGUGUACUCAAAGACUUGACUGUUUAACACAAGAGUUAAAUGGGAGUUCGCAGGAAAGAACUUUACAUGAACAGAUCGGAUUCCUAGGAAUAUGUGGUACAAAAUAUCCAGUUAUCAAAGGUCCCAACAAAGUAGGAAGGGAUCCACAGACAUGCAAUAUAGUUUUAGAUUUGAAUUCUAUAUCCAGGCAACAUGCUGUUAUCAACAUUUUGAACUCUACAGAAUUUAUGAUUAUGGAUUUAGAUUCAGCAAACAAAACAAAGUUAUUGAAUAAAACUCUUCCACCCUAUAUACCCCAUCCUUUGAAGAAUGGUGACACAGUGCAAUUUGGUCAAGUCUUUGGCAUUUUUCGAUUGCUUGAAGAUGAUGAUGAUUUACCCAUGACACAAGCUUUGGAUAUUCCUGAUACACCCGUGGUAAAUAGGCAUGUAACAAAAUUAAACAAUUUACCCUCUACUACAAUACCGGAGUCACCUGAUUGUAGUGAUAAGGAUGAGUCCUAUAUUGUAUCAUCACAAUCUAAAAAUUAUGAGUUUAAAAGUCCAAAUAGUCAUUACAUUAAAACUUCUGGGAAGACUAUUGCCAUUCAGUCAGUAGGGAUGAAUAAAAUUGAUAAUAUUUACUGGCAAUCAUCAAAAAAAUCUGUCUCUAUUGACAUGGGCUUGGAUGAUUCUAAUCAGGAACUUGUUGUUACUGAUAAAUCCUUGAAAACAACUGAAGCAAUCACCAAUCAAAAUAUUCACGAGAUGGAUACUCAAGUACCUUUUCCUGCGCAAAGAUUUGAGGCUCCGGAUGCUAUAUAUACCGCGAAUACUCAGCUCUCUUCAAAUGGGCCAUCAGUAUCUGGUGUAGAUGGUCAUUUAAUAGAUAUGAACAAUUUGCCGUAUGCUCGAAAAAUAAAUGAGCACCAUGAAAUGGAACUUGACUUGUUUACUGAAAAUAAGGAGAAUAACAACAGCAUUUACAAUGCAGAAACACAAGCGUUUGCUAUAAACAACGAUAAAGGAACCAAGAAACAAAGCAGCAAUGAAAGACUUGACAUAUCUAAUGAAGGAACAUCAAAUCCAAAACUUAAUAUAUCUGAUGAAGAAAUUAUUUUUGAUGAAGUAGAUAGUCAGCCAUUGCCUGAAGUCUUUGAAUCUCAGCCUUUAUUGCUCCCCGAAAUUUUAAAUUUAAAUGAUGGUAUAGCUAACAAUAACGAUAACAGUAUUUUAGACGACGUUAAUUUUAAAAACAAACAAACAAAUAGAACAAGACUAAAUUCAGAUAGUUCGACUGAUUGUGACGACUUUGAUAUGUUGCCCACUCAAAAAAUUCAAGAAAAACCAGAGUGUGGAGAGCAAAACAACAAAAUUGAUAACAGAUUACAAAAUGUUAAUGAUGAUAGUACUGACUGCGAAGACAAUCUAGUAGAAUUUAACAAAGAAGUAGUUCCAACAAAGUGCACCCGUAUUACUUUAGAUGAUAAUGAUUCUACAGAUUGUGAAGAUGACAUAAUUCCUUGUAAUACAGAUGCUUUAAAGCGAAAAGCUUCCAGUGAAGUCGGUUUUGAAGACUUGGCUACGCAAGUCAUUACUAUGGAUAGACCUAAUGUGAUUGAAGACUUAAAUGAUAAACCAGAAUCAAAUUAUACUUUUGAAGAUAUGCCAACUCAAAUUAUUGAAGAAAUUGAUAAGCCUAAACGAAUUUUAUCAAUACAAAAUACAAAUGAAGCGAAUGAGCAAAUGGACGAUUCACUAGAAAGAAGUCCAUUUAAAGUACCUUUGCAUUGUUUUAAGAAAAAUAAAAAGAAAGAAAUCACAAGACCAGACUUGUUAAAUACCGUCAGUUCCGUGUUGGAGGAAGAUAAUUUCUACGAAGCAACACAAGAUAUAUUAAACGAUUUAUGCACUCAGAAAGAUACAAGUAACGAAGAACAACAGCCGAACACAAGCAGUGAUAUAAAAAACCGAUUAGAUCCAAAAAAUAAACGUUUAAUUGCUGAUAAAUCUUCAGAAAGUAGUGAUGGUGACGACAAAAUCAAUAAGUAUGCAGCAGGUUUGUCAAGUGACCAAAUUAAAGAUAUUAUUGGAAUAGAUGAAAAGAUGAACAUAAACCUUAAGAAGACAUCUAGUGACAGUUCAGACGUGGAAAGUACGCCUCGAAAACAAAGACCCAUUAAAUUCAUGGAAACUGAGUUGCCGGACAGCCAAGAAAUAAAAAAAUCUGUUACACUAAAGCCAGUUAGGGCCCGUGUAGAAACCGCUACUGAAUCUGAAACUGAAAACGAUGCAGAAGAACAGUGUACACCAAUUGUCUCCCGUAAGAGAAAGUGUCAUAAAAAUACUAAAAUCGAUUUAAGAAACAAAUUCGAAAGUGAUUUAUUACCUACAAGAGUAUUAACUCGAAUAAGAAAACCGACUGCGAAAGCACAAAGUAUGGGGAUAAAUAAUAUGUUGAAGUGUAGAUUGCUUGCGGGAUCCGAAGAAAUUGUUGAUAUGGAUAUUAUUGCGGAAAACAUGUUGCGGCUCAAGACUAAAACUAGCAAACAAAAGGUAGACGGUGAAGUUAAAACUGAAGAUAGACAAAGCCACGAAGCGAACAAUGAACAGAAACCUUUGGUAAAACAAUUAAAUAGUGAAGAGAGUUAUGAAAGAAUUAACGGUAAAAGAAAAUCGAAUGACUCUGAUGAUAUAUCUAAAUCUGAAAAGGAUCAUAAUGACAGGAAAAAAAAUAAAUCGAUAAAGAUUAGUAAUGACAAUACUAAACUGAGCACAGCGAGGAAACCCUAUGUAAAAAGUCCCACCGAAAAAAAGACUGAUGACAAACCAGAGACUAAAAAAGUAAUGGAUGUUCAAAACAUCGACAAACAAUCUGAAACAUCAGCAAAACCUUCUCAGAAAACAAGAGGAAGAAGUCAGGCUGAAAUAAAACAGGAAAAAUCAAACGUGUCUAAAAAUAAAGCAGCCGGAAAACGUCUUCAAACGCAAAAGGAUGAAACAAAAGAAACUCAUAAAGAUGACAUAAGUAGCAACGUAACAAGCAAAAGAAAUUCCAGAAGUAGACGGAAGGAAGAGGAUAGGGAAAAUGAAUCAAAGACAUCCACCAAAGAGAAAAUAGAUGCGUCAGAUAGGAGAGAUAAAAGGAAACGUAAUGCCGAAGACAGAAGCAAGAACGAGUCGUCGCCCGAGAAAGAAGUAAGAAGAAGCAAGAGACAGAGAACGACGAAGAACGACUCGGAGGCGAAUUCGGCACAGUCCAUUUCGAGCAAUAGUAACCCUACUAAACACGAACAAAGUACUGUUUAUAGCAUCUCUGACGAGUCAAGAAGGGAUUCCCCAAUAGAAAAAUCAAUGAAAAGGCCUGCAAGGGAUGAUUCAGUAAAUUGUUUUAAAAAGGGAUCAGUCUCAAAUACUUUUAACACAUCGUUACGAGUUACUCCAAGAAAUAUCAAGACGCACAAGGUCUUGUUUACCGCAUUUCCUUGCGAGGAGGUUAAAGUGAAGUUGGAGAAAUUGGGCGCUGUGGUUGUGACCGAAGUGGCUGAGUGCACGGUACUGUUGACUCUGCAAAUAAAGCGCACUUUCAAGUUGCUUUGCGCUAUCGGUCUGGGCCGGCCGAUAGUCGGUCCCAGCUGGGUCCAGGCGUGUGCCGACACCAAUAUGAUCGUUGAUCCCUGGCAGUACAUUAUAAAGGACGAAGCCGCUGAGAAGCGGUUCCAGUUCAACUUGGAGCAGACAUUAACGGGAAAGAGGAAUUUCUUGCAAGGCUACAAUGUGUCCUCAACACCCAGUGUGAUGCCCAACGCAAUGGAGAUGAAACUAAUUGUAGAAUGUUCAGGUGGAACGUGGAGAGAGGGUGGGUCGAAGUGGAUCUGUAUAUCUACCCCCGCAGACAAAGCACUCUGGGUCUCAUUGGAGCGUAGAGGUGCUAUUUUAGCGAGCUCGGAAUUAAUUCUGAAAGGUGUCCUGCGACAGAAGUUGGAAAUUGUGAAAUUAAGAGAACAU